AGGCUUAGUGUGCCGCUUUAGCCCUACUGCGCAUGUGUCGUCCUGUCAUACCCUAGUCACCUUGGAUUGUUAGAAUGAUCGCCAAAAGCUACCACUGAGUCUGUCGGCCCUUCUCUCUCCUAGCCCUUAAAGGGUUUGGGAACCAGGGAAGAACCCAGUGCGGCGUUUGGCUUUCUCCUCCUUCCUUUCGCCCCAGUCCUCGUCCCUUCUGAGUCGAAAUUAGACGCUGGGGCCAGAAGUCUGGGAAAGCCGGCUCUUUGAGUACACGCCUCCUCCGCUGCAAAAACCUUUUUCGGUUCCUAAGGAAGGGAGCUCGUCAUCAACGUCUCAAAACCAAGAAGAAAAUUGCCAAAUAAAUCUCUGUAGAAACGCUAGCUGGAGUCUAGAAAUCCCAGGAGAAAGUGACGAUUUGUCACACCUUAAGGAGCUGCAAGUCCCAGAAACUUGGUGGUGAGGCGCUGGUUAUUUAGAAAGACUGACAGUCUAAAAGACCGCCUGAAACCUGAGACCCUGUGAAGUGACUGGGAAGCCAUGGAAUCAGCUGAGAAAGAGGAAAUCAGUGUUGAAGAUGAAGCUGUGGAUAAAAACAUUUUCAAAGACUGCAGCAAGAUUGCUUUCUACAGGCGUCAGAAACAGCUGCUCUCCAAGAAGUCUACCUAUCGGGCGUUAUUGGACUCAGUCACAACAGGCGAAGACAGUGCCAGGUUUCAAAUCAUCAAUGAACCAGCAAAGGUUCCACUCCUGGCUGAAGUUUUUGGCAUAGAGGGAGAUAUUUUCAGACUUAAAAUCAAUGAAGAAAUACCCUUGAAACCCAGGUAUGAAGUUACUGAUGUCCUCACAAGCAAGCUAACCACUGUAAGGCUGACUUCUUGCCCAGGGGAUACAGGCAGUCUGGUGCUGGCAAGUGGGAAAGGAGAUCUGAAGUGUCAUGUCACGGCAAACCCAUUCAAGGUCGACUUGGUAUCUGAAGAAGAGGUUGUAAUGAGCAUAAACUCCCUGGGCCAAUUGUACUUUGAGCAGCUGCAGAUUCCUCCCAAGCAAAGCAGAGCUACCAAGAAAAAUGAGGAGGAUGCAUCCGUUGACACCACUCAGGAAAAUCAAGAGGAACUGGGCCUGUGGGAGGAGAAAUUUGAAAAUUUUGUGGAUGUCAAAGUUAAUGGUCCUGCCUCCAUUGGUUUGGAUUUCUCUUUGCAUGGUUUUGAGCAUCUCUACGGAAUCCCGCAACAUGCUGAAUCACACCAACUUAAAAACACAAGUGAUGGUGAUGCUUACCGUCUUUAUAACCUAGAUGUCUAUGGAUAUAAAAUACAUGACAAAAUGGGCAUUUAUGGUUCAGUGCCUUAUCUCCUGGCCCACAAACUGGGCAGAACUCUAGGCAUUUUUUGGCUAAAUGCCUCAGAAACACUAGUGGAGAUCAAAACAGAACCUGCUGUAAAGUACACACUGACCCAGAUGGGCCCAGUUGCUGCUAAACAAAAGGUCGGGUCUCGAACUGAUGUGCACUGGAUGUCAGAGAGUGGAAUCAUUGAUGUUUUUCUGUUGACAGGACCUACUCCUUCUGACGUCUUCAAGCAGUAUUCAUACCUUACAGGCACACAAGCCAUGCCCCCUCUCUUUGCUCUGGGGUACCAUCAAUGCCGCUGGAACUAUGAAGAUGAGCAGGAUGUAAAGGCAGUGGAUGCAGGAUUUGAUGAACAUAACAUUCCUUAUGAUGUCAUGUGGCUGGACAUAGAGCACACAGAGGGCAAGAGGUACUUCACCUGGGACAAGAAAAGAUUCCCAAACCCCAAAAGGAUGCAAGAUCUGCUCAGGAGCAAAAAACGUAAGCUUGUGGUCAUUAGUGACCCCCACAUCAAGGUUGAUCCCAACUACUCAGUGUAUGCUAAGGCCAAAGAGCAGGGCUUUUUUGUGAGGAAUCAUGAUGGAGGAGACUUUGAAGGUGUAUGCUGGCCUGGUCUCUCCUCUUACCUGGACUUCACCAACCCCAAAGUCAGAGAGUGGUAUUCUAGUCUCUUCGCUUUCUCUGUUUAUCAGGGAUCUACUGACAUCCUCUACGUAUGGAACGACAUGAAUGAGCCCUCUGUCUUUAAAGGCCCAGAGCAAACCAUGCAGAAGAAUGCCAUUCAUCACGGCAACUGGGAGCACCGGGAACUUCACAACAUCUAUGGCUUUUAUCAGCAUAUGGCCACUACAGAAGGACUGAUCCAGCGAUCUAAAGGAAAGGAGAGACCCUUUGUUCUUACACGUUCAUUCUUUGCUGGAUCACAAAAAUAUGGUGCUGUGUGGACAGGUGAUAACACAGCAGAGUGGAGUUACCUGAAAAUUUCUAUCCCUAUGUUACUUACCCUCAGCGUGACUGGGAUCUCUUUUUGUGGAGCGGAUGUAGGUGGCUUCAUCGGGGAUCCAGAGGCAGAGCUGCUAGUGCGGUGGUACCAGGCAGGAGCCUACCAGCCCUUCUUCCGUGGCCAUGCCACCAGGAACACCAAGCGACGGGAACCCUGGCUCUUUGGGGAGGAGCACACCCGGCUCAUCCGAGAAGCCAUCAGAGAGCGCUACACCCUCCUGCCCUACUGGUAUUCUCUGUUCUACUCUGCACACGUGGCUUCUCAACCUGUCAUGAGGCCUCUGUGGGUAGAGUUCCCUAAUGAAUUAGAGACUUUUAGUGUGGAAGAUGAAUACAUGCUGGGAAGUGCUUUAUUGGUUCACCCAGUCACAGAACCAAAAGCUUCUGUGGUUGAUGUGUUUCUGCCAGGGUCAAGUGAGAUUUGGUAUGACUCUAAGACAUUUGCUCACUGGAAAGGAGCGUGUACAGUAAAAAUCCCAGUAACCCUGGACGCUAUACCAGUGUUUCAACGUGGUGGAAGUGUGGUACCAAUAAAGACCACUAUAGGGAGAUCCACAGGCUUCAUGACUGAUUCCCCAUAUGGACUCCGAGUGGCUCUAAGCACUAAGGGUUCUGCCAUGGGUGAAUUCUAUCUCGAUGAUGGGCAUUCUUUCCAAUACCUCCACCGGAAGCAAUUCUUGCACAGGAAGUUUUCAUUUUCCUCAGGUGUUUUGACCAACAGUUGUGCUGACAAGACCGGUCAUUAUUCCAGCAAGUGUGUGGUGGAGCAGAUCUUGGUCCUAGGCCUCAAGAAGCAGCCAUCUUCUGUGACUGCCCACUUAGCUGAUGGCACCGCUCAGCCUGUGGCUUUUACAUACCAUGCCACAACAUCCACCCUGAACCUGGAGACGCUCUCACUGAACGUUGGUGCUGACUGGAAGGUGCACAUCCAGUGACAGAGCAGUGCGCCUGGUGGCAAGAGCCAGGAGCAGCUGUGCCUCUCUGCCCUCCCGGGGGCCUCUUACGCAAUUCGUGCCUCGUGCUAAUUGACUUCUCUGGCUUAAAGUCACCUUUCAUUAGUCACAGUUUAUUAGUGAACAGUAGAUUUCAGAUUUUUCAGAUGUUACAUUCUGAGAUGUGCUGGGAAUCAUACUCUUGGUAUCACACACCACUUCUAGAUGCAAGUGGCCCAGAGACAUUUAUAGCAUUCACAGCCCUCACGUUGCUCCUUGGGCCAUGGCCUGGGGUUUGUGCUGUGGCCCAGUGGGGAGCUUCUCUUUGAGCACAGCUGGGUGAGUUUGUUUCAAGUGACAAAGUGUUUGUGUGGCCCAUUUGUGGAAGCUUGUCUCAGUCCAUGUGGCCAAGCCACUCCAGCUCCAGCAGCUGAGCUGCUCAAGGUCUCUCUCGAAGUGGACAGUGGCCUCUGGUAACCGCCCCCCACCACAGACCUCUUUUACCCACUUAGACGUGGGCAAGGCAACCCUUUUCUACUUUUCUACUUUCUAUAUGUACUGCAGCAACAAGGAGUUACUCUGCCUUACAGACUGAAAAGCUGGCUUAAAACUCAAUGUUCAGAAAACUAAGAUCAUGGCAUCUGGUCCCAUCAUUUCAUGGCAAA